AUGGAGACUCCAGCCAACAGGCAGCAAGGACCAGAGCUUCUUGCCAACAACCUCAUGAGUGAGCUGGGAAGUGGAUUCUCCAGCCUCAGUGAGGCCCGAGGUGAGAGCCACCCUGGGGGCCACACCUUUGUCCCUGCCAUCACCACCACGCUCAGGAGAAAGGCUGGAGGGGAGGCUAUAGGAGAUAAGGCCCAAGUGAAAGACGGACCCCAGAGAAGAUUCCCAAGGUUAUCUGCUAAAUUUGCUCUUCCGAAGCCAGAGCCCAAGACUAGAAAGGCCCCUGUGAAGUGGGAGAAGGCACCCCCAAAAAAGGGUAAAGCUGACGCUGGUAAGGAUGGGCACAACCCUGCAGGUGCCCAAACAGACCAGGCACAGAAAGCUGCAGGUGCUGGAGAUGCCAAAUGA